AUGGAGGUGAUGGACAGCUGCAAGUUCUCCCCGUCCGAGCUCUUCUAUGACAGCUCCUGCCUCUCCUCCCCGGAGGGCGAGUUCCCCGAGGAUUUUGAGCCCAGGGAUCUGCCUCCUUUCAGCGCCCACGAGCCCCCCGAGCCUGCCUGCUCCGAGGAAGAGGAGCAUGUGCGAGCUCCCACUGGCCACCACCAAGCUGGUCACUGCCUCAUGUGGGCUUGCAAAGCCUGCAAAAGAAAAUCCACCACAAUGGACCGAAGGAAGGCAGCCACCAUGAGGGAGAGAAGGAGGCUGAAGAAAGUGAACCAGGCUUUUGAGACCCUGAAGAGAUGCACCACUGCCAACCCCAACCAAAGACUCCCCAAAGUAGAGAUCCUGCGAAACGCCAUCAGAUACAUCGAGAGCCUCCAGGAGCUCUUGCGGGAACAGGUAGAAAACUACUAUCACCUGCCGGGACAGAGUUGCUCCGAACCGACCAGCCCCACUUCCAGCUGCUCCGACGGGAUGGCCGACUGUGGCAGCCCCGUUUGGUCGGCGAGAGGCAGCGGCUUCGACGCCGUCUACUGCGCCGAGAUGGCUCACGGGUACGCCGCCGAUCAGAGCAGCGCCCUGUCCAGCCUGGACUGCCUCUCCAGCAUCGUGGACCGUCUCUCCCCGGCGGAGGAGCCAGGGCUGUCUCUCCGCGACGCCGACUCCCUCUCGCCCAGCGCCAGCAUCGACUCGGGGCCGGAGACGCCCGGGACGCCGCUGCCCCGACGGACCUACCAGGCGCUAUGAGGGGCCCGGGGGCCGGCACACCGCGCCUGCCGCCGGGGCCGCCUCCUGCUAGCGCUUCUCGGGCGAGAGGGGCGGCCCCGCAGCCCCUUGGGCCGCCGCUUCCCUCUGGGGCUGCAGGCAAAGCGCCGCGCCCGCCC